UACCUUUACUUUCUGGAUAUAUUGCAUAGCAUCAGCCACAGUUCUCCUUGCAUCAUGUUUAUUCGACACGCUAUCACUGUGCUAUCGCUUUGUGCUGCCGCACUUACAGCUCCUACCGAGAAAAGAAGGGUUGAUUUUAACUGGGGUAGCGAGAAGAUUCGUGGCGUCAACAUCGGUGGUUGGCUAGUCCUCGAGCCCUGGAUUACACCUUCCCUAUUUGACAAAGCCAAUCAAGGUCGUCCUCAAAAGGACAUCGUCGACGAAUACACUCUGGGCAAGAAACUCGGCCGUGAUGCCGCACUCGUUGUACUCCGCGAACACUGGAACACGUUCGUCACGUGGCAAGACUUCAAGAAAAUCAAGGAUGCCGGCUUCAACAUUGUCCGAAUACCGAUCGGAUACUGGGCAUAUGACACCUUCGGGUCACCAUACGUGGAGGGCGCAAAAGUCUACGUCGAUGCCUCCAUCGACUGGGCACGAAGCUUGGGGCUCAAGAUCAUCAUCGACCUGCAUGGUGCACCUGGAUCCCAGAAUGGGUACGAUAAUUCUGGUCAGCGCCUGAAUGUCCCGCAAUGGCAGUCUGGUGACACUGUCAAACAGACUUUGCAAGUUUUGAAGACCAUCUCUGACCAGUACGCGCAAACUCAGUACCAAGAUGUGAUUGUCGGCAUUCAACUCCUCAACGAACCAGCCAUGUACUUCGAUAACAUCAGCGAGGACGUGACACGUCAGUUCUACCGCGAUGGAUAUGCUCAAGUCCGCGACACCUCCGACACGACUGUUAUUCUGCAUGAUGGCUUCAUCAGACCAAAUGAAUGGAACGGGUACCUAACACCGUCAGACAAUAACGCGCAAAACGUCGCAAUCGACCACCACGAAUAUCAGAUCUUCAACAAUGAUCUCAUCCAGCUCAAGCCUUCUCAGCACAAUCACAAAGUGUGCGACCUUGCCGAUGCCUACGGUGGAGCGGACAAGUGGACCUUCGUUGGAGAAUGGACUGGUGCUAUGACCGACUGCGCAAAGUACCUCAAUGGACUCGGGCGCGGAGCUCGAUACGAUGGUUCAUAUCUCGGUGCUCCAUACCAGGGCGACUGCAGCUUCGCAAACAAUGUCAGCAAGUGGAACCAGACGCAGAAGGACGAUACGCGCAAGUACAUUGAGACCCAGAUCGCAGCCUUUGAAUCGAAGACACAAGGAUGGAUUUUCUGGAACUUCAAGACGGAGAACGCAUUCGAGUGGGACGCACUCGCACUCGUUAAUGCUGGUGUGUUCCCUGCCAUAAAGGACGGACAAGUCGAGUACAAAUUUCCAAAGGUCUGUACAAACUUCUACUAGGAGGGAAGUACAUGGGGACUUCACAAAGUCUGGAGAUAGUAGUAAGCCCUUUUUUCCGGCGCCUCACCCUUUCCUAUCAUCCGGUGAGAAUGUAGGUAGGCAUUGUUACGCAUGCAAAUAUAGGUCCGUGAACAGACUCACCACGCUCCACGCGUGUAAGUCGGCCAAUACUAGUCGCUAUCACUCAGCUCGCACCUGCUAAAAUAUCGGACGUAGCGCGCAUAAGCCCCGCCACGCUCGCACCAUGCAACAGGUCGUGUGUUGCCCAGACAUGGAUAGGCUUUUCCGCCCAGAC